AUGCUAACCAAGUCCGUUGGUUUCAAUUCGGAUAAUGUCACGUACGACCUCGAGGACUCUGUCACCCCGUCCAUGAAGCCUACAGCCAGAGACCAGCUCAAGUCUCACAUGAGUGGCAUCUCAUCACGCCCAAAAGGCAUUGGAGAGUUUGCCGUCCGAAUCAACGCGGUCUCGACACCAUUCGCGCUCCAGGAUCUCUCAUCUCUAGGCUCGGUCUCAGCCGUAGACGCCGUCGUCGUACCCAAAGUCGAAUCUGCCGCCGACUUGAGCUUCGUAACCGAUGUUCUGCGACACGUAGCUCCAGAGCGCCAUGAGAAGGAUUCCAAAAACCCUAUCAAAAUCAUAGCACUGAUCGAAUCUGCUAAAGCUAUCAUGGAUCUGGGCUCAAUCUGCAGAGCCUCCCCGUACUUGAGUGGCUUGAUUUUCGCCGCCGAAGACUUUGCGCUUGACCUGUCCAUCACACGCACACCAUCGUUGACCGAGUUUUUGUACGCCAGAUCAGCCAUUGUCACCGCAGCGCGCGCAGCAGAACUCCCAAGCGCCAUCGACCUAGUGUGUACUUCUUUCAAGGGCGAGGAAGGCAUCAAGAGAUUGGAAGAAGAAUGCCGUGGCGGUAAUGCCAUGGGAUUCAACGGAAAGCAAUGCAUUCACCCUAUCCAAGUGGAGACUGUCCAAAGAUUCUAUGCCCCAUCCAAAGAGGAAGUUGAGUGGGCAGUAAGGAUAUCGAUCGCGGACGAAAAGGCUGCAAAGUCGGGCCGAGGCGCCUGGACACUCAACGGGAAGAUGAUAGAUGCCCCUGUAGUCGGUAAAGCUCACGCAGUUGUGGCGAAAGCUGAGAGGUGCGGAUUCGACGUACAAGAGCUCAAGUCGAAAUGGCAAGACCAGGAACCGGAGUGA